UUUGCUUGCGUCGAGGGCCGCCGAGCUCUGGCGAAUCGGGCCGAGAGGGCGCCCGGGCGUGCGAUGCUUUCUCACGCCGACCUCCUGGAGGCUCGCCUCGGGAUGAAAGAUGCGGCCGAGCUGCUGGGCCACCGCGAGCCUCUCAAGUGCCGCCCGGGCGGGGGCGCAGCGGGCCCGGGGCUAUCGGCCGAGCUGGCUCCGGACGGCCCCGAGGGCGCCACCGUGCUCCCCGCCGAGGACGUCGGCCCCAAGGAGCGGGACAAGCAGCAGCAGCAGCAGCAGCAGCAGCAGCAGAAUCCGAGCCCGCAGCAGGCCCACAAACAGAAGCGGCACCGGACCCGCUUCACGCCGGCGCAGCUCAACGAGCUGGAGAGGAGCUUCGCCAAGACUCACUACCCGGACAUCUUCAUGCGCGAGGAGCUCGCCCUCAGGAUCGGCCUCACCGAGUCCAGAGUGCAGGUUUGGUUUCAGAACCGGCGCGCCAAGUGGAAGAAGCGCAAGAAGAGCACCAACGUGUUCCGGGCUCCGGGCACGCUCCUGCCGACGCAUCACGGCCUGCAGCAGUUCGCGGCGGCCGCCAUGGGCGACGGCCUGUGCUCCUUCCACGCCAACGACGGGCGCUGGGGCCCCGCCAACAUGUCCCAGCUGCAGCUGCCCCCCGCCCUGGGCGGGCGGCAGCCGGCCGGGGCUCCGCCGCUGGGCCGCUCCCAGUGCGGUCUCCAGCCGCCGCCGCCGCCCGCCCUGGGGCUGCCCAACGUGGCCGACGUGUCGUGCGGCGGCGGCGGCGGCGGCGGCGGCGGCGGCGGCGGGCUGCAGUCCCACCUGUACCAGCCGCACUUCCCCGGCAUGGUGCCCCCCGCCAACGUGAGCGGGUCGCCGCAGCUGUGCGGCUCCUCGCCGGACUCUGACGUGUGGAGGGGCACGAGCAUCGCCUCCCUCCGCCGCAAGGCGCUGGAGCACACCGUGUCCAUGAGCUUCACCUGAAGCUCCCGUCUGGCUUUAGAAUUGUGCGCCACCUUUGUUAUUCCCGCAAUUCGCCUCCAAUCCUUCCGACGAUCUGCGACAUUCCCGACAGGAACUGUAACGAUUUUCCCCAUUGCAAAAUUGCGCAAAAAGACAAAAUAUGAAUCCAAAUGUCAAUUUCAAACUGUUACUACGUUCAAGUCGACCAUUUUG